UCCUCAAAAGUAAUUGUAAGUUUGUAACCCCGAGAAAACGCAAUCUUGUGGUGGCGGAUGCAUUUUUCCUUCGUCGACGAACUGGCGUUCUUCACUCCGUCGGACGCCGUCCACCGCUGUCAGCCUGCGGGGUUGUUCACAGGGAAGUAGUGAAGAAGGUUCGAACUCUAGGGCUUCCCCAGAACUCGAUUCAAUGAGAUUUAUCUCUUAAAAUAUGAUUACAAGAAGCUUUGCUGAUGGCAUAACGAAACCGAGUUUCCUACUAACACAGACAAAAAUGCCAAUUCUAACAUUUUGCCAUUCUAAGUUUAGUUCUUCAUUAACUCUACAGUUGCCUUGUAACUGCAUGAGAAGAAUGGGUUUGAUUACGCAAUUUAAAUGUUCUGUUGCUAAUAGAACAUUGACGUCUAGUUCUGUGGCUUCACCUACAUCCAAACCAGGCUCCAUUGGCUUGAACAGGAAACAAGGGCGUUCAUCCUCAUUAUAUAGUCGUCCUAGUUUAUCAGAAAUGAACAAAGAGAGGAUGGCAAACCGUGAGAAGGUUUACGCAUUCUUGCGGGGGAUUGGUAUUGUCCCUGAUGAGCUUGAUGGUCUGGAACUUCCUGUGACAGUUGAAGUCAUGAGGGAACGAGUAGACUUUCUUCACAAUUUAGGGCUUACAAUUGAAGACAUCAAUAAUUAUCCAUUAGUUCUUGGCUGCAGUGUCAAAAAGAAUAUGAUUCCUGUGCUUGAUUACCUUGGUAAAUUGGGAGUCAGGAAAUCUACUUUCACACAAUUCUUGCGGAGAUAUCCACAAGUUCUUCAUGCUAGUGUUGUUGUUGACCUUGAACCAGUGGUUAAGUAUCUUGAGGGGAUCGAUAUCAAGCCCAAUGAUAUUCCCCGGGUUCUCGAGACAUAUCCAGAAGUGCUAGGAUUCAAGCUUGAGGGAACCAUGAGCACAUCAGUUGCUUAUUUGGUUGGUAUUGGUGUUGGAAGAAGAGAAAUUGGAGGGGUUCUAACACGAUACCCUGAGAUUUUGGGAAUGCGAGUUGGCCGAGUAAUCAAGCCUUUUGUGGAGUACCUGGAAAGCUUGGGAAUUCCAAGAUUAGCCAUUGCAAGAAUAAUAGAGAAACGACCUUAUAUUCUUGGCUUUGGAUUGGCUGAGAAGGUGAAGCCAAAUGUUGAAGCUCUUGAAGCGUUCAAUAUUAGAAGAGCAUAUCUGCCCUCUGUAAUCGCACAGUUUCCUGAUAUCAUGGGAAUGGACUUGAAGCCAAGGCUAGAGAAUCAAAGCAAUUUACUCAAAUCUUUACUUGAUUUGGAUUCUCAAGAUUUUGGUAGAGUUGUUGAGAAGAUGCCACAGGUGAUCAGCCUCAGUAGUUCACCUAUGCUGAAGCAUCUUACUUUACUCAAGGAUUGUGGGUUUUCCUUGCAACAAAUGAAGAAGAUGAUUGUUGGUUGCCCUCAACUUCUCGCUUUAAACAUUGACAUCAUGAAACUUAGCUUUGAUUACUUUCAAAAGGAGAUGGGGAGGCCUUUAGAAGACUUGGUUGCUUUCCCAGCCUUUUUUACAUAUGGUCUGGAGUCAACUGUAAAACCUAGGCAUAAGAUGGUUGCCAAGAAGGGAGUGAAGUGUUCCCUCGCAUGGAUGCUUUGUUGCUCAGAUGACAAAUUUGAGCAACGAAUGGAUUAUGACACUAUUGACAUGGACGAAAUGGAAACGGGACCAUCAUUUGACAUGAAUGCACUGAUGGAACCAAGGAGUGAUGAGUCAGCUUCUGAUUACGAUGACACUGAUGAUGAUGAUGAUGAAGAAUAGAGUAGCCAGAUUUCUUCCCACCGUGAGGAUUUUGUGCUCUCCUAGGAGGAUCUUUGUAUAAAAGAGUAUGAAUGUUAUACUUCUGUAAAGGUGAAUUUCUACCUCAGAAGCAAUUGAGAGUUAAAUCGUAAUUUUUAUUCUUGUCA